UGUUGAAGUAGACAUGGAGAGUGCCUCUGAAACACACAGUGGUGAAAAUACUACUCCAGAUGACUGGAUGGAUUUGGCUGUAGACAGUCCUGCUGACAGUCCUGCUGCUACACAGAAACCCUCAGAAAAAGAGGAUUUUAAACUGUCCCUGAUCACCUGGAAUGUGGACGGGCUUGAUUUCGAAAAACGUCCAGAGCGUGCCAGAGGCCUGUUUAAAUAUUUAAACUUACACAACCCUGAUGUGGUGUUCCUGCAGGAGCUCGUUCCCCAUUAUGUCCAGUUCUUGAAGGAACAGCUCGUCAACUAUAUGAUGAUUGAAGGUGGUCGGAACGGUUGCUUCACAGGGAUGUUGCUGAAAAAGUCACGAGUCAAACUUGUGGAGAGUGAGAUAGUAGCUUAUCCCACCACUAAGAUGAUGAGGAACCUGCUGGUCGCUCAGGUGAUCGUCAACGGUCAGAAGCUGUGCCUGAUGACAUCCCACUUUGAGAGCUGUAAGGAAAAUACUGCAGAGCGUCUGAAACAGCUGCAUGUGGUGAAGCGGAGGUUUAAACAUGCACCUGAUGAUGUCACCGUUGUGUUUGGGGGAGACACAAACCUGAGGGAUGCGGAGGUGACCAAGGUGGGCCUGCCUGCAACUGUCUGUGAUGUGUGGGAACGACUGGGCAAGCAGGAGCACUGCCGCUACACAUGGGACACCUCUGCCAACAACAACAAAACUUUUCCCUUUGUCGCUCGCUGCCGCUUUGACAGAAUCUACCUCCGCCCGGCCAUCAGAGGUGGAGUCCCUCAUCUGGCCCCUGAUCACAUGGCCUUGGUGGGGUUGGAGAAGCUGGACUGUGGACGCUACACUAGUGAUCACUGGGGAAUCUACUGCACCUUCUCAGCUGAAUAGAAAUACACAAAGCAACCAAAAACAUGACAGUUAAGCAUUUUAUUUUUAAUCAGCCGCUCUUUAAAUUACUGUAACACUAUGCAGGAAGAUGUUCUUAUUGCCUGUAAACGAUUCACCUUAUUUUAAUCAGUUUUAUCCUCUAAUGUGUGUCUGCUUAAGUGUUUUAUGUGGUUAAAAUGACAAAUUAAAAUAUGAAAAGUA